ACAAUAUGUCGAGCGUAGAAGAUGCUGAGCUGGAGAACCUACGAGCUCAGAGAGAGCAAUUGAGGAAACAACGGGAAGAAUCUAAAAAUUCAGUGCUUAGUAAAACACCAAGUAUUGCAGGUACCCUUGAUUCUCAUCGUGUACAAUAUGAUACUCAUAUAUAUAAUACCAGCAAUGUAACAGAUGGAUACGACAGAUCAAUCGAUGUCCAUGACGAUGCAUAUGAAGAGAAUGAAGAAGGCAUACCAGAUGGAGGCGAAACUAGUAGACCUUUAGUGCGUCAAUAUGAAGCUCCGAAGGAGCUUCUGACUGAAUAUGCCGAUGUAAAUUAUGACCCUAUGGCCGAGAUGCAAUCGAAAAAACAAAUUCAAGACCGAGAAUCGGACUAUCAAAAGCAACGAUUCCAAAGAAGAUUAGCACCAACAAGGAAUGACGCUUUUCGAGAAGAUGGUAAGAUAGAUGGUGGAAGGUCAUAUGCAGAUGCGAUGCGUGAGGUUGAGUUAGAGAAGGAGGAAAGCAGAGUGUAUCGUGAAAUUAAUCAAAGGCGUCGUGAGGGAACCUUAGAAGAAAUAGAAGACCACAAAUUACCUGAAGAGAAAAAACGUACAGUUGAAACAAUUCCCUCUGAACCCGCUCCGAAGCCCAAAAGGUCCCGAUGGGAUCAAGGCCCUCCUAAGGUAGCUGAACAAGCCGCUGUUCCUACAAGGAGAUCUCGAUGGGACAAAGCUCCGGACGCGUUUCCAAUUUCAGAUUACGUUGCAGAAAACGGUGUACAGAAGUUGGAAUCGGUUUCCCAGGAAAAGCAAGUUCCUAUUCAUCCUAGGAUUACUGAUGAAGAAUUAAAUUCACUACUUCCUUCAGAAGGAUAUGUAAUCUUGGAACCUCCUGAAGGAUACCUUGAGUCGAUUCACCCCCAGUUGAAUGAAAAGGAAAAUUUAGUAGAUACUUAUCACAUUCCCCAAGAACAACUAUUACCUCAACACAAAGAAUUGCCUGCCACCUUACCCACGGAAAUUCCGGGAGUUGGUGAUUUGGCUUUCUUUAAACAAGAAGAUGUGAAAUAUUUUGGAAAGUUACUUCAAACAAGAGAUGAAGCCGAAUUGUCCAUUGCCGAAUUGCGAGAACGAAAAAUUUUAAGACUUCUGUUGAAAGUCAAGAACGGUACUCCUCCUAUGAGAAAAAGUGCUUUACGUCAAUUAACGGAUCAGGCUCGUGAUUUUGGUGCUGCUGCUUUAUUCAAUCAAAUUCUUCCUCUAUUAAUGGAACGAACUUUAGAAGAUCAGGAACGUCAUCUGUUGGUGAAAGUAAUUGAUCGGAUUUUGUACAAACUUGAUGAGUUGGUUCGUCCUUUUACACAUAAAAUUUUGGUGGUUAUUGAGCCUCUUUUAAUCGAUGAAGAUUACUACGCUCGUGCUGAAGGUAGAGAAAUUAUUAGCAAUUUGGCGAAAGCUUCUGGUCUGGCUCACAUGAUUGCUACUAUGCGGCCAGACAUAGACCAUGUUGACGAAUAUGUGCGGAACACAACUGCUAGAGCCUUUUCAGUUGUUGCUUCAGCGCUUGGUGUCCCUGCGCUUCUCCCUUUUUUGAAAGCAGUAUGUCGUAGCAAAAAAUCUUGGCAAGCGAGGCACACUGGAGUUCGCAUCAUUCAGCAAAUAGCUUUGCUAAUGGGAUGCUCUGUUUUACCGCAUUUAAAAAGUUUGGUUGAAUGUAUUGGCCAUGGCUUGGAAGAUGAACAACAGAAAGUUAGAACUAUGACAGCAUUGGCUUUAUCCGCAUUAGCUGAAGCGGCUACACCGUAUGGUAUUGAAGCUUUUGACUCUAUCCUUAAGCCUUUAUGGUCAGGCGUUCAACGUCAUCGAGGUAAAAGUCUUGCUGCUUUUUUGAAAGCGACCGGAUUUAUAAUACCUUUAAUGGAACCAGAGUAUGCUAGUCACUUCACCAAGAGGAUUAUGAAAAUUGUUUUAAGAGAAUUCAGUUCCCCUGAUGAAGAAAUGAAGAAAAUUGUUUUAAAAGUUGUCUCUCAAUGUGCAUCCACGGACGGUGUUAACCCGGAAUAUUUAAAAACAGAAGUUUUGCCAGAAUUCUUCCAUUGUUUCUGGUCUCGAAGAAUGGCUUCUGAUCGUCGUAGCUAUAAACAAGUUGUCGAGACGACGGUUGUUUUGGCUGGUCAGGUUGGUGUUUUGCAAAUUGUAGACAGAAUUGUGAAUAACUUCAAAGACGAAUCUGAACCUUAUAGAAAGAUGACUGCUGAGACCGUUGAUAAGGUAAUUGGUUCUUUGGGUGUAUCUGAAAUCGACGAACGUAUGGAAGAAUUGCUGCUGGACGGUGUUCUUUUUGCAUUUCAAGAACAAUCUGUUGAAGAAAAAGUCAUCUUGAACUGUUUCAGUACUGUCGUAAACUCGUUAGGAGUACGAUGCAAACCUUACCUUCCCCAAAUUGUAUCUACUGUUUUGUAUCGUUUGAAUAAUAAAUCUGCAAAUGUUAGAGAGCAAGCUGCAGAUUUAGUUUCAAGAAUUACCGUAGUGAUGAGAGCUUGUGGUGAAGAGGCUUUGAUAAGGAAACUAGGUGUUGUCUUAUAUGAAUACUUAGGGGAAGAAUAUCCUGAGGUUUUGGGCUCAAUAUUAGGGUCACUAAAGGCUAUUGUCUCUGUUGUUGGCAUGUCCUCAAUGCAACCUCCUAUUAAAGAUUUGUUACCCCGUCUUACACCUAUUUUGAGGAACAGACAUGAAAAGGUUCAAGAAAAUACAAUUGAUCUUGUUGGGCGAAUUGCAGACAGAGGUUCAGAAUUUGUUUCUGCCCGUGAGUGGAUGCGUAUAUGUUUUGAGUUAAUCGAUAUGUUGAAAGCGCAUAAAAAAAGUAUUCGAAGAGCAGCUAUCAACACCUUCGGUUAUAUUUCGAAGGCCAUUGGGCCACAAGAUGUUUUAGCUACUUUGCUAAACAACUUGAAGGUUCAAGAGCGUCAGAAUCGUGUGUGCACCACUGUAGCUAUUGCAAUCGUAGCUGAAACGUGCAUGCCAUUUACUGUCAUACCUGCAUUGAUGGCAGAUUAUCGAACACCAGAAAUGAAUGUCCAAAAUGGUGUCCUGAAGUCUUUGGCUUUCAUGUUUGAAUAUAUUGGAGAACAGGCUCGCGAUUAUGUUUAUGCGAUUACUCCUCUUUUAGCAAACGCGUUAAUGGACCGGGAUGCUGUUCAUAGACAAACUGCUGCUUCUGUGGUAAAGCAUUUGUCAUUAGGUUGUGUUGGCUUGGGGGUUGAAGAUGCAAUGAUUCAUCUACUAAAUCUUCUUUGGCCAAACAUUUUAGAAGAAUCACCUCAUGUCAUUAAUGCUGUACGAGAAGGAAUUGAUGGGAUUCGAAACUGUGUUGGUGUUGGUGUUGUUUUGGCUUAUUUAUUGCAAGGACUUUUUCAUCCAAGUCGGAAAGUUCGCAAUACUUACUGGACUUCAUAUAAUUCUGCAUACGUCCAAAGUGCUGAUGCUAUGGUCCCUUACUAUCCACACGUUGAAGAUGAUCAGUUCAAUUCUUACGAAUUAAAAACAUUGCAUAUUUGCAUUUAACAAGGAGUGGUGUUACGAACGGUUUUAAUGUUAUCUAAAUUGGAUUUGAGAAGGUCUGUGUAUAUGUAUAAUAAGAUUUGUUAUUCUUUAAAUGCUAGAAAAGAAAAAAAAAGCUGUUAGUACAAAAGUUAACAUACAUAAUAGUUCGCCUUAAUUUAGACAAUGCUUAAGAAUAAAUAGUGAUUAGCUCAAUAGGAAACUCCCAUUCCUAACCAAAUAAUAAGAAGUAAAUUUAACGCAGUGAGAAAUAAC